GUGAUUUAAAACCUCUGCUAAAGGCCUUGAGGCAAUAGAAUAUUCACGGGAGUAGGACCAAUAUCAACGCAAGAGCGAAAAGGGUCUCCAAGAGCCUAAGCGUGGACAUCAUAAGCCAUAAUGAUCAUUCUCAAGGUGUUCAUUGUUGCCCUCCUGUUUGGAGCCAGCUGUCUGGGUGCACAGAUAAAGAGACAAGUAAAUGUUACUCAAGAUGACAGUUCUCCGCAAGCAGGGUCAGGCAAUGCAGAAUCAAGAGAAGUCGGCGGACCACCUGGUCCAUCAGGACCACCUGGUCCACCAGGACCACCUGGUCCUCCAGGACCACCAGGGCCAGGUGGACCAGAUGGUCCAACAGGACCAAAUGGUACAACAGGACCAACAGGACCAACAGGACCAACAGGACCAAUGGGACCAAAAGGCCCACCAGGACCAGCUGGAGCAGAUGGUGACCCAGGACCAGAAGGCCCACCAGGACCACCUGGACCAGAUGGCACACCCGGACCAGGAGGCCCACCAGGACCACCUGGAGCAAAUGGCAGACCAGGACCAAAAGGUAUUCCAGGUCCAGUUGGACCAACUGGAUCUCCUGGACCAGAAGGACCACCUGGACCACCAGGACCACCUAGUCCACCAGGACCACCUGGACCCCCAGGACCACCUGGUCCACCAGUAUCUUAUCCGAAUUUUCCUCAGGCACCAUGGCUACCUUGGCCACCAAGACCAUAUCCAUAUGGCCCAGGUCAAAAUUUGCCAUGUGGCCCACUACCAAUUUGGCCACCUGGGCAAAAUUAUGUUCAUUAAUUUUAUAGUCCAGGGGUCACACAGACCACCUGGUACUGCAGAGGAAAAUUAUUCACCUGGACCACCACCCUUUCAGGCUGGGCCACCAUUUGGACAACAUUCUAUUUCAUAUCACAUCAGCCAGGUCUUCUGCCGAGUGUGCAUAUCACAUCAGCCAGGUCUUCUGCCGAGUGUGCUGCAAUGGCAUUAUCGUCUGCAUACUGGAUGCCUUCCUUUCCAAUGGUGCCCUUCCAGAGGUGGUGGUCUCGGCCCACUCUGGCAUUGAAAUUUCCCAAUAUAGUAAUCCUUUCCUCCUCUGGGAUUUUUGACAAUACCUCAUUAAGACAGGCAUAGAAGGCCUCUUUUUUUUCCUCAUCGGAAACGAGGGUAGGUGCAUAAGCACUAAGAACUGUUGCCGUCUGGUUGUUGGCCAGCACCAGACGGAGGGUCAUCAGGCGCUCACUGAUUCCCACAGGGAGUUCAGAGAGCUGAAUGAUCAGUUGGUUCUUGAUGGCAAAACCAACCCCAUGGAUCCUAGGCUCAUCUGUGGCCUUUCCUUUCCAGAAGAAAGUGUAUCCACCCUUUCGGGUUUCUGAAAGAGCAGCUAUGUCAAUACGGCAUCUUCUCAAUUCCCUGGCAAUGAUGGCGGUUCUCUUUUCCGGCCUAUCACUGGUUACACUGUCCAUUAGUGUGCGCACAUUCCAUGCUUCAAAAUCCAUGUUUCUGUGUUUUCGACCGCAUAUCCCUCUGAACGCAGUAAUCCAUUCGGGAUGUUUGAGGCAAGCUAUGUUUAGGGCACCUUUUUUAGCCCCUUCCCCAUCAGGGGUGAGCAGAGUGGAUCAUAAAAAGGGCUGCUCAGUCGUGGAUGCAGCUACCAAAGAGCUCUUUCUGCCUCGGUCCAAGAGCCCAAUGAUCAUCUAACAUCCACCGCCUGAUGUGCCAGUUUGUGACUAGCGGCUUACAGACUUCACAAUCCUGCCCCCGUUGACACUUAGUGGUCGCCACAGGACUUUAAUCCGGGAUGUAAGGUGGAUUCCCUGAAAAAGACGCCUGUAGGUGACUUUGUUUAAAGUGGGGAGACUGGAUCACAGACAGUCACCACACUGUCCUUGACAGAUUGGAGUCAGAGUCCAGUGGCAAGGAGACCGAGACGACUGGUGACCCUUUUCUGCUGCAGCCUUCAUCCGCCUUCCCAGCCGUUGUGACGCCACCCCUUAGGACCUAAGGGGUGGGCAAAUGUUUUGACUCGCGGGCCGAACUGGGUUCUAAAUUUGGACCGGAGGGCCGAACCAGGAGCAGAUGGACGUAGUGUUUGUGUGAAGUAUUAUAAGCGACCUGUAAAGGUCAUUGCAUAAAAGAUUUUGGCCUUUCGUAGGUAGUAAAGCAUGGAUAUUCCAAACAAGUUUUUUGAAAACAAAUGCAUUUAUUAACAGCAUUAAAAAAAUAAUAAUAAUUCACUAAAAAACUGCUAUCAGUGAUUCUCAUAAAAUACGACACUGUUAUUAUGAAUAACAGUCUCCAUCCCUUCAGUGCCUGCAGGUCAGAUUAAUGAAAGAUGUUUAUCUUAUGAGAUCACAUCAAACGGCAAACAUUCUGACCAAAUAUAUCAUCGUGAAGAAUCGGUGAAAGCAAACACCCAAAUAAAGUAAUCAAAACGGCAACACGGUGAGGGGUAUCUGAAAAUCAGAGCAGAGUUUUAACUCGCAAACACCUUCUAACAGAGGUGAGGAAACGGGAAACACUUCCUUAAAGUAAGCCUUAAGAACUUUACAGGUUAAGAUUAGUCGCAAACAGGUGGUGCAUCAAUGUCCUUGAGCAUCCUGCAUUGUUUGAAAAUGAGAAUGGUUUCCCUGCUAUGUGUACAAAUCAUAUCCAAAAUGCCUCCCGUUCAUUUUCAGUGGGAACAGUGUUGUUGGUCUCCCUUUUUUGCUAGUGCGUCAUAGUCUGGAGUAAAAUUUGUUGUGGCAAUUCUUAGGAGAAAUCCGAGGUGUUGGUCCGUUUACCUCGAUCUGUGAUGGGUUGAUGUUCAUGUUCAUGUGGCUGAACAUCACGUCGCAUACGUCGAGCCAAAUUGGCCACUCUUUUUUAAACACUCGGCACUGUGUCCACCUUGCUUUUCCUUGGGCGACUCAUUUUAAUAGAAGGAUUCCAGGGGAAGGUUUGUGGGUGGCUUUAGCGUAAAACUGUAUCUGAAAGCUUAGCGCGCGAAUUACAAGAAUGCUGUCGUCACAGCCCACGCUCUAAAUUUGGGACUGAUACAAAUAGAGCGCGAGUCCGCCAUGUCCGUACUACUGAAUACGUACGCGCACUUGUGAGUGUGCGCCGAGCUUUCUGACACGGCUUCCGGUAGUAAAUGCGCAGGCGAGCGCUUCCCCAUCUACUGAGGAAACGCAGUCAUUGCAGGCAAAAUGACCCCAAAAAAAUGUUUAAUAAUACAAUUUAUUCAGGGUUGGCGGGCCGGAUUAAACGGUCCCGUGGGCCGGAUGUGGCCCGCGGGCCGUAGUUUGCCCACCCCUGCGUUAGCCCGUAAGCUUGUUAGAUCAUUGCCUUGAUAUGUAGCCAACCUCCCACACACCCAGGUUUGUGAGGUGUGCCAGUCUUAUAGCAGAAGUGGCCUCAGAUGGCAGGUCUUCGCUCUGAUGGCGCUUCAGGAGGUAAAGUCGCCGGGGAGGUCAAAAUGUCAUACUAAAGUCUCUAUCCUACUGAGCGACCAAGAAUUGUGAGUGUUUUCAAAUGGAGUAAUUACUGCAUUCUCGUUAUGGUUUGUUGAAGGUCGCCAACGUUCGACAAACAGUGACCAAAUAUUUGGCAAAUGUUCACCUGUACUUUUCUUCUACGCGGGGGAAAUUUUGAACAGGCAGUUUGUAACAUGUUCAAAAUUUUAUUGCGACAACAAGAACUUCCUAAAAAGGUUGGUGAACAUUUGGGACAUUGAACGAUCCCUGACCAACUUUGGCGUGUACGCGAGUGACAAUCGGUGAGGCCCCAUUUCCGCCUGCCGACUCACUGCAAUCCAAAAUAUUGCGCUGCCGACGCCGGACGCAGCGGGACACUCGGGCCGGCUUACACAUUGACGACUUGUUGGGAUCUUUACAGGCGGCUGAGGCCUUAUUGGUGUUGCUGUUCUCUGAUGCCAACCUGUGCGGCAUCCACGCCAAGCGGGUCACCAUUUUUCCCCGCGACCUCCAGCUGGCCCGACGGAUCCGCGGGCAAGAUUUCUGAUUAAGAUGAUAGCCGCGUGGUGACUCAAAAGCUUCACAGUGACCACUCGACACAACCCAACCUUUAUAGUAGAAAUCGACUUAAAUACUGUUGUUUGCAGUGUUUGUGUUUUAUAUAUAGUGAUGUGUUUUAUAUCUAAAGUUAUGUGACAAGAGUGGAUAAUUUCUUUGACCCGCUCACUUCACCAGGCAGCCAAUUAUGUGAGUUCUAAGCUUCACUCUGUAGUGUCAUCCACGCGCAUCACCGUUUUUCCCCGCGACAUCCAGCUGGCCUGAUGUACCCGCGGGCAAGAUUUCUGAUUAAGAUGAUAGGCCCAUGGUGACUCUAACGUUUCACGGUCACCACUCGACUCAACCCAACCUGUAUAGUAGAAAUCCUCUUCCAUUACUGUUUGCAGUGUUUGUGUUUUAUCGAUAGUGCAGUGUUUCUGUUCUGUAUAUAAAGUUCCGUGAUGUGUGUUCAUCGUAAGACAAAGUAUUUUCAUUAAAAUACAAAUAUUUCUAAAAAACAAAAUAUUUUUGGUACUAUUGAGAGCUUACCUAAGUAAAUUUUUUUACAUCAGAAAAAUAAACAUUUCAAUAUUA